AUGGAGCUUAAAAUCAAUAUCGAUGGACUUGAACGAAGCGUAUCUGGUGUGACGGAAAAUACGACGUGCUCACAGAUUAUAUAUGCCCUCGCACAUGCUACAAGUCAACGAGGACGAUUUGUAAUGGUGGAAAAAUAUAGGAAUGUGGAACGCCGAUUAGCACCAACUGAUCGACCUCUGGAGACACUCCAAAAAUGGAGGGAACACGCCGCAAACGUCACAUUCCAAAUGCUUCGAGUCGAUCAAAACGACGCGAUUUGUGAUCUUGUUGACGAGGCACUUCCUCCGGAGCCAAGUAAGCCGUAUCUACACCCAAAACAAAUGUCAACUAGCAGCAUGAUUGCUUCAUUACCAGGAAAAAGUGCGGCGGGCCAGCAGCAACAGCUUGAAAAUGGACAAAGAAGCACUAGUUCGUUGCCAACUUACACGUCAACUGGUGUCACUGGUACUCUUGGACGAAGCAGCAACAACCGACGACCUCCGCCACCAGACUACAUGUCAGUGAUGGAGAACAAGAAAAUCAUGUUGGGCGCUGCUACGUUUCCACAGAAUGAUGAUUUUGAUGACUUUCAAAGGCAAGUUUCUCAUUUUUUCCAGAAGAUUUGUUCUAUUAUUAAUUUCAGAGCCGAUGUGAAUAAGCUUGCCGAGACAAUGACUCCACAAGAAAUCGCCGACUACCUUGUUCAGGAGGAGGAGCUCCGCCAGCUUCUCAAGCAACAGAAAAAUCUCCGUGCUAUUCUGAAGCCAAUGAUUGCUGCUAACUGGCCACAACAAUAUCAAAUUGAGUUGAAAAAAUCUCACAAGCUGAAGGCCUCUCUGGCAUCUACUAAAGAAGCUAUCAAGAAAACGCAAAGUGACAUCAAACGUGUUGAGGAGAGUGAGAGAGAGUUGUUGAAAAAGUUGGCCGAAUUCAAGACCGAAGAUAUGGGCGAUGAGAACUCGGAGCUUUCUGAAACCUCAUUCGAUCUGGGAUGCUCAUCGACAGGAACAUCCACUCCACAAACAUUAAUUGCAUAA